AUGAAAACGUGUCUCGUGAGUCGUUUUCCAUCUCGGUUACUUUUCCCUUCGAAUAUCUUCUUCCAGUGCUCCCUUCUCUUCGUCUUCCUUCUGCUCAAUGCCAUCACUGCCACUCGGUCGGAUGUGUGCGAUGAGCUCAAGUGCGGGACGGACCAAGUAUGCGACCGGGAGGCCGUCGAAUGUGUCAACAAAAAGGACAUGACGGAGGGAAGGCCAUGUCAGGCACACGAAGACUGUCGCGACGAUCACAUUUGCUACGACAACCACUGCAUUUUUUUCAUCGGAAGACAUAAAUAA